AGAUCUAGCUGCAUUUAUAAUAAAUAUAGGAAUAGAAAUAGAUCAUCAUUAUGCGCUUACGCAUAUGCAGUUCUCGUUGUUCUUUUUUUACAGUGGACGUAUAUCAAUCUACUUAAUAGCGUUGUAUGCCGACUUCUAGUACUAAUGAAGUACCUGCUGCAUUAAAGCUAAAAAAAUGUUUCGUCAUCUUUCGGCGUCUCUAGCAGUAGUGAGCCACCCGCAAGCCACACAGGAGCGUUCCCAGUCAUCAAUGUGCCGCAAACUAAAGAUCGGACGAGGACUCCUCACUCUGCUGUCAACGCGGUUAUUCCUAGUCACCCCUCCUUGCGACCACAUCAACCUGACGCACGCGCUCGCAGUCGAUCCUCGGUCUGUUGAAGAGUCUAAGAAUGCCAGACAACGUGACGAAAUAGCGGAUCUGGAAGCUGCAUCGAAGCGAAUACUACAGCGAAGUGAUAAUGAGGUCCUCGCGGUGGAGAAGGAUGAAGCGCGCCUUGAUCAGCGAAGGAACCAUCAUACUUCUGAACAGAGCCGUGUCGUGGAACUUGCAGAGACCCAGCGGUUAGAGCGAGAGGGUGUUGAUGAGGAUCCCCCACUAGGUGACGCAGAGGAAGCGAACGAAACUGUAGUAAAGUCUGGACGACACGACCCGCAUAACAAGGGGAGACGAAAAAGCACAACAAUAGGUGCUGCAACUGCAUCAAAUAGUACUAGUACUACUGGCGCAGGGAGAAGGGAAGAAGAGAACGAUGAAGAAGCGUCUUCAUUGUUCACGGCUAACGCAGAAGGAGCGUCAGAAGGUGCAGAUGAGGCUUCUUCAGAAGUAGCUACCACGCAGACGCAAUUAGACGUUUCACCUCAAGUAGACCCGACGAGACCGCCUUCGCAAGACGAUCUUGACCCUUUGUCUGAUUUAGAGGAUACGUUUUCGAUCUUGGGCACAGUCGCUCAGAAUGCGCUGACAGAAAGUGAGACGGAUUUCCUCAAGGAAAGGCGCGAGAAUAAACGAGCUGUGAAAGACCUCUGGCCUCCCAAUGCACGUACUGAAGAUAGAUAUGUUUCCUGCUUGGGGACGACUUGUCUUUUGAGUUUUGUAUCGUUGUUUCCUUACUUUGACGUUCGACUAGUUAGACUAGUAGAAGCACUCGUUAGAUUAACUUCAACAUUGUAGUUGGUUCAUCUGUUUUUUUGUUCGGUUAACUUUUAAGAGCACGUCGUAAUCGUAAUCAUUUCCACUUGUAACACCAACCUGCAGAUGACAUCAUCACGUUCUCCCUCGUUGCGAUUGGUCUCUUGAUCGCGGCAUGUGGUGGCAUUGGUGGAGGCGCGUUUCUCGUUCCCCUUUACAUCAUGAUUCUCCAGUUCCCCACAGGCAACGCAACCGCUCUUAGCAACGUCACCAUUUUCGGAGGCUCCAUCGCCAAUGCCUUGUUCAAUCUUUAAGGCAAUCACGACGAGAACAUCCUCAGCAUCAGUCUUGCCCUCUACUUUUUUAAGGGGAAAAAGAGUCCUCUCGGGGGCGGUAGAUCUAAAUCAGGGAUGCGACGCGGUAGCUCUAAAAUUUGAGGAAAAAGACUGAUCGUGGCAGUCCGUUGAUAGAUUGGGACAUCAUCCUCUUGAUGGAACCGAGUACGAUUCUAGGAGCCGUUGCAGGGACAUUGGUGAACAAAGUCUUGCCGAGUUUUGCGCUACAGUGCAUGUUGACAGGAAUUUUGCUCUACAUGGGCCAAAACACCUUGGAAAAAGGUUUCAAAAGAUUGCGGCAAGAACAACAACAAGCUAGUACAACAUCAGGAACUUCACCCUCGAGCAACAUGCUUUCCAUCCCAACACAUCAUGCUGAUCCUCUCGGUGGCACUCUCACACUAAAGCCUAUGCCUAGUCGUGACCCUAGAAGUAUAACUUCGCCCCCUGCCCCAACCUACCCCCUCGCAAGUGGGACCUCAUCUUCGAGGUCUACGUCUUCUUCAGCGUCACCCACAACGGAAUGGUGGGGUAGUACUAAUGGAGACCACAAUAAUUUCGGCCAGGAACAGGAAGGUAUGAAAGAAAAAAGUGCACUCACACUCUCACGACACUUAAGCAAGUAGCUACUUUCUUACUUCAUUCCGAGCCAACUUCUUGAGCGUGAGUGCACUUCUUCCUUUCAUAGAAGGACAAGGAGGUGAUCCCUCACAUCAUGCUCCGCCAAUAAAGAUAACUGCGCCAAACCCGAAUCCGUCAAAGCAGUUCGACGCAGAAGGGCUACUAGGGCCAGCACCUGUCGCAUCCGGAGGUUCCGCAAAUCCAUUGUUGAUCGUGCCAGCGGAACCUCUCAGUUCAAGCAGAAUGCCAUCAUCGCGAGAGGUGGGGAAAUCAUCAGCGUCGCAGUGGGCUAAGGUACGAAUACAACAACUUGGUGACGCUACUAGGGCUCCUAGCCCUAGUUGUAGAUGAUGACGUGAACGUGAUUACUGAAAGAAGCCGAUCUUUUUUGAGUUUUGAAGUUUGAAGAUGAAUCCUUCAGCUAGUACUAUAUCUGGAUCUACUUUGCUCGAAUCCGCCGUAAACCUAAACGUAAGCCGCGACCACCUCUCACAGUUCCUCGCCUUCAUGCCACUCUACAUCAUCGGGCUUGUGCUGCAAGUUGUACGUGGAGAUGGCCAUAAGUUUCAGCCUGUGGCUGAGUGCGGAACGGUCGGCUAUUGGGCUCUCACACUUCUCAACAUACCAGUCAUAGUUUUCUUCCUCUGGCUCUACCGUAGGCACAUUCUGGCCGACCUAGAGGCUGCAAAGGCCGAGACCGGCUACCAUCAUUCCUCUGGCGCUAUCCCACUAAGCGCAAGGUCAAGCGGUACGUCUAGUAGUGUGAGCUCCGUGACCAGUGCUAGAUGCAUGGAGAGCCAGUUGUUCAACGGCACAUCAACCGUAGCUUCGCACCAAGCAUUAGACGGCACAUCAACUGUAGCUUCCCACCAAGCGUUAGACGUGAUUCAUCCGGAGCAACGAGUAGCUGCUGUAUCUGUAACAGAUGCCUCAGCAGCGUUUACGACACCGAAGAUAGGAAGUGGGCAAGCUGCGCGAAACAGAGCCCUCCCGCCUUCAGCAACGACAACAGCUAUUUCAUCUGGUGUUAGUAGUUUCUCUGGGUCUGGCGUUUCGACACCAGCUUCGGCAGAACAGAUACUCAACAGUGGCAAGAAUAGCAAGCACCGUUCGUCGCCCGAUUCAGAAGAUCAUGGUAUUGGAACGGGGACAAGAAGAAUCAGAACAAAUAAUUGUUCCAAUAACAUCAAUAUGAUGGUGAUCGACGAAGGAGCAGGAACGGGAACUACAGGUGUAGAAACUACGAGAAGACCAGGUCUUCUAGCAGCUCCACCCCCUUCGACAUAUGCUCAGUCUCCACCUCCACAAGCAGCAUCCUUACCCAGCGACACCAUCCAAUGGGACCGACGGAAUACGAUCACAUAUCCAGCUAUCUGCACAGCCGCAGGAUUGAUGGCAGGAAUGUUCGGCGUAGGUGGAGGCAUCGUCAAAGGCCCUUUGAUGCUUGCUCUUGGUGUGGAGCCGAAAGUCGCCAGUGCAACGGCUGCGUACUUAAUCAUACCACUAGUAACUACUUUCCGUUUGAUUCUUGUCGAAGGUCGCUCUGUUACCUCAAGUAGUGCAUGCUGAUUUUUUUAACAGAAGCUGAAAAGUUAAUCUGGUGCUUAUAAAUAUGUUCUUUUUUCGAGGACGAUAUCGAUCAAAAUGAUCAAAGAAAUAGCAUCACAGUGAUGAGAAGAAGCGUUUCUCACGAUGGUCUCAUGAGGCGAGAGCCUUUUUUUCCAACCCGUAAACCCAGCUCACUUUGACGUGAUACUACGAAUUGAUCUCCAGAUUGUCAUGAACAUGAAGGUCUAGUACAAUGCUAACAUUUUUCAUCCUGCUUAAAUACGUCCUUGGCCUUCAUCACCUUGCUCUGGGAUAUUAAUUCAAAAAGAUGAAGAUCCUUCGCAAGAACCCUAGCUCUCGAAAAGGACCAAUCAAAAAGAGCACGAUGAUUUUCUUCACUCCCUCAAAAAUAAACAGCACGAUGAUUUUCUUCACUUCUUCGACCGCUUGCGUGUGCUAUCUGCUCUUCAACGUCCUCUAUGUCGACUAUUCCCUCUUCGCCUUCACGAUGGGUUUCACCUUCACGAUGAUCGGCCAAGGCGUCAUCGCCAAAACGUUUGCUAGUCGACAAGCGCCAGUGAUCUUGUCGAUGGCAGCAGUGAUAUGCAUAUCCUCGAUUGCAGUAGGGGUACAAGCAACCCGAAAUUACUUCCUAGGACACGGGUUCGAGUUUAACAACCUGUGCUCCGCGGGAGGCGGUAACGCUGGGGAGGCAGCGGGUCCAUCAGAGCUGUUGCAGACGAUGGUGUAUGGACAGCCAUAACUAAAACGCUAGCUACCACUUUUUUAUGUUUUACUCAGAAGUACUCGUUAAUUCGUUUUUGCCCUUUUGUUUCACUUUAUCUUGAUGACACUUCGCAAAUAAUCACUGUAACGCAUCCACAUCCACCUCUCAUACAAAAUGAAACCUAUGUAUCUAAUUUUUUGUGAGAAAUCUCAUAGUAAUAUCUAACUAUCAGUACUAGAGACUGUCCCGGAUGUUGAAAGUAUUGCAGGAUUCUCUUACACUGAAGACACUACUUUUGAGCAUGGUUAUGUUGACACAACACAUCAUUAGAAUAAGUCUCUUAGCUUGACACGACUUCUCCGUCCUUUUACCAUCUACGACUACUAACCAGCGUGCUAGUACAAGAAAGACUGAUGUAUAGGUACAACGUGUUUUUUGCUAAUCUCGAGCUGCAGGCAAGCGGUCGUAGAUUGUUCCUUUGGUGAACUGUUGCGUUAAUUGUUAA